UGGCAAAAUCACCCAAGGGCCUCGGUAUAACAAAUUGAUCUUUUUAUUUCUUUCAUUUUAGAUGACUUGUACCAAUAUGGCUGAACCUGAAAGUAAAACACCCACUGCUGAUGAAGUAGAAGAUGUAGAAGAAAUAGAAGCUAACAAACAAAAUAAAGAAGCUGAUGUUGCUUCAGCAGGAGAUAUUGCCUCCCAAGUGAUGAAGAAUCCACAAGUAUUAGCUGCAUUACAAGAAAAACUUGGUAGUAUGGUGGGAGCUCAUUCAGGUUACAUACAAAGAUGGGAUAUUGAUAUUGACCGCUUGCCUAAAGUAGUAAAACGUAGAUUAAAAGCUUUGAAAAAAUUACAGUUUGAUGUGAUAAAAUUGGAAUCAGAAUUUUAUAAGGAAGUUCAUGAUUUGGAAUGUAAAUAUGCUAGUAAAUAUGUAUCUAUGUUUGAUAAGAGAAAAGAAAUAUUAACUGGAAACACAGAACCUACAGACGAAGAAUGUGAUUGGCCGAGUGAAGAUGAGAAAGAUGAUGAAGAUAAAAUAUCAAAGGAGGACUUGAAAAACAAAGUAAAAGUAGAAGAUAAAAAUGAAGAAAAGAAAGAUGAUAGUGAUACAAAGGGUAUACCACAUUUCUGGUUAACUAUAUUUAAGAAUGUAGAAAUGUUAUCAGAAAUGGUACAGGAUCAUGAUGAACCUAUUUUACAACAUUUACAAGAUAUUAAAGUUAUAUUUACAGAAACGGAACCAAAGGGUUUCACAUUAGAAUUUCAUUUUGCCAGUAACGAGUAUUUCACUGACACAGUCCUGACAAAACAUUACACAUUACGGUUUGAACCUGACCCAGAAGAUUCCUUUUCUUAUGAAGGACCAGAAAUAGUCAAAUGCCAAGGUUGUCCAAUUAAUUGGGUUAAAGGUAAAAAUGUCACAGUUAAAACAAUAAAGAAGAAACAGAAACAUAAAGGACGGGGUACAACACGAACAGUUACAAAAACUGUUACAAACGAUUCUUUCUUUAAUUUCUUCAACCCUCCAGCAGUUCCAGAAGAUGAUGCUGAAAUGGAUGAGGACUUAGAGGCCUUAUUAGCAGCUGAUUUUGAAAUCGGACAUUUUAUUCGUGAUCGUAUAGUUCCAAGAGCUGCUUUAUACUUUACCGGUGAAGCUUUAGAUACAGAUGAUUAUGAUGAAGAAGAAAAUGAAGAGGAGGGUGAAGAAGAAGAUUAUGAUGAAGAUAACGAUGCUGAUUAUAAACCAGCUGAGGGUUAUCACUCUGCAUAAUCUUCUUACUUUUGGUUGCUAUGUUUAUUUUUCCGUAUAUACAGGAGAAAAGCCACCAGAAUGCAAGCAGCAAUAAAGAUAUAUUUAGGAUAUUUAGAAGUGAAUUAAAAGUCAAUGUCAGCACAUUCUCUCUAACCUUGUUGGUGCUUGAAUGUUUUAUUGUUGAACAAAUGAGGUCAUCAGAUGCAAUAUCACAUAAUGAAAUGAUUGACCACUUCUAUUAUGUGUUAUCAUAUUGUCUCAGAGACUGACUCUUUUUAUUUUGGAGCUCUACAUUUAAGAAUAGCAAACCCCGUUCAACCCCUGCUAAGACAUUCUCUCCGGUAACUCCUUAAUCCUUGUGUAUUAUUCAAUGUUUGUUACGCUCCCCAAUUUCGUCUACUCCGAAUUUUAAAAGUGCUAAAACUUAGGGACAGAUUGUAAGAAUUAACUACGUCGGAGUUAAACUGUUCAUUUCAACCUGUGAUGCCACUGAAAUCCUGUGUUUCAAGAUAAUGUAUACAAAAAUUGUAUAUUUUUCUAAAACUCUUAAACAAUUUUACAUCAUCUCAAAAUCAUGCAUGAAUAUUUAGUUUAAAAUAGAAUUUACUACCAAAUAAUAUGGGUAUUUAAUUUUAUUUUGAAGGAGAAAAUUCAUAAUAUUAAUAAUACAUGAAUAUGCAUGACCAAAACUGUGGUUCAUACCAUUUGAUUCUGCCCUUGAUAUGACUGAAUGAUUGCUUGCCAGCAGUAUGAAUGGACAGCAAUCUCAGUUUCACAGUAUUCUUUGCUAUCAUUAGGAGUAUUGACCCAUACCAUCCAUUCUUUAGACAAUAAUCUACCCAUGUAUGUCACCGCAGUAGAAAGACUUGUCAUAUUCCAUGGAUCUGAUAAUUUGGGCUGUAUGCAAAAAACAAUAAAAUUGUGAAAAGGGCAUUACUUCUUUGAUUAUGUAGAAAAUUAUACUUUCACUUUGGUUGAGUCUUGGGUGUCUCCUAUAUAAGUCAAUAAAUUUAACCAAUGUUCAAGUAAUAAGAAAAAUUGGAAAUUUUAAUAUGUAGAAAUGAUUGUUUCUUCAAUAUAUGAACAGAGACAGCGCCCAUUAAAAGCAACCAAAUCAACAUUUUAUUUUUUUGUGCAUAAAUCAGCGAAUUUACUACUUUAAAUAAAGAUGUUAAACAUUCAUUCUUUUUAAAUCUGUUCAUGUUUUUUUAUGUGUAUAAAAAAAAUUGUUAAAUAAGCAAAGGUAUGAUUUCAAACAUUCAUCGAAUUCGGAGAAAAUUAAUUAACACGUUCUCAAAUUAAUAAUUCAUUCAUGUUUUAUCUAUUUUACUAAGUUAUUAUAGGAAAUAAAAUCCAAUUAAAGCAUUUUGCUUGCCUAAUUUUAGAGAAAUUAAAUUGUGAAGCUAUACCUUUGGCGCUUAGUGUGAAACGUGUACAGAAAUCUCAGAAAAGCUCUGAAUAAUAUUGUAUUUUCAUUUGAAUAUAUUUUUAAUUGGUUGAUGCAAUUAAAUAUUGUCAAAAGUUCAGUUAA